UCAUAUGCUCAAGUCGCCGCGUCGGGACCCUCGCAGACUCCUGCGGAGGUAUGCCGCUGCACCCCAACCCCCGAGAUCGAGUCCACCGAGUCCGCCAGCACCUCAUCCCUCGUUGAUGUCGACACAACCUCUGUGCGCACCGUCCCAUCCGACUUCAUGGAGCAAGACGUCCAGACCGACACACAACAGGCCCGCAAGGACCGUGAAGAAGAAGCUGAGGAGAUGGCACGCGCCGAGGCCGAUCUGGCCAAGAAAAAGGCCGCUGGCAAGGUGCGCAAGGCAGACAACUUCCUGACCAAAUUCUUUGGAAACUUGAGCAACGAUGCGAGCACCGCACUGGUGGUUAGCAACUUCGCCGCCCUGGUCGGUCUUAGUGGUUUCUUGAGCUACAAGGCUUAUGGUCUGUACGAGCGAGGAAGAUUGGGCUGGAAGCACGCUGGUAUCGGAUUGGGUGUACUAGGUGUUGUUGGAGUGUUUGAGGGAACUCUUGCACAGUAA